UGUAUAUAUAUAUAUAUAUAUAUACACAUACAUAUGGCAGUAAUAGAUUGCCUUUUCUGUAUCUGUAUUAUUUCUUCCGACAUCAUCAUCAUCAUCAUUGCUAUCAUCGUCGUUAAUAGAUAAUUCAAUUGAAAUAAUUAAAACAUAACAUAUAAAUUUUAUGUUUGGCGACAUGAAAGUCCAUGUAGUUUUAUUAAUAUUAUCCUGUUUAACGUGGACAAUCGCUGAUGUAGAUUUUGAUACAGAUUUGACAUUAUCGGAGUUAUACGAGAGUGCUGUGGAAGCAUAUCUAAACGAAGAAUGGGAUGAGUGUAUUAAAAGGUUUACCAAGGCUUUACAUGGGUAUAAAAUCUACAAACAAACAUUAAUAAAAUGUCGAAGAAAUUGUGCAAUGGAAGCAGAAGGAUGGCAACCAUUUUAUCCAGAGAAUAUAGAAGAUUUACAUUUUUAUGAAAAAAAAGUACGUGAGACUCUUUGUUUAAUGAAGUGUAAUCAAGAUUAUAAGGAUAUUGCUAAUAAAGAAAAACUUAAACGAUUACCUGUUGAUAUGGAAAGGAAGUUCAUAGAACAUCGUGUUUAUGAAUAUUUGCAUAUAUGUUAUUAUCAGAAAAAUCAUUUCCAAGAUGCAGCUAAUGCAGUCUUCACUUUUUUGGUCAUGCAUCCGCACCAUAAUAUGAGUGCUAACAAUUUGAAAUAUUAUCUCACCUUACCAGGUGUACAUGCAGAUAAUGUUUCGAACUUGGAGAUGUCACAUUUCUUAAAUGCUUAUACUACUGGUGUGUCAGAAUAUGAAAAGCAAAAUUACAAGAAGUCAGUUAAAUUGUUUGAAAAUUCUUUGAGAGAUUACUUGAACUCGGAAAACGAAUGUAGAAUCUAUUGCGAAGGACCUUUUGAUCAAGGAUGGCAUCCUGAAUUCACAUCUUUAUUAGCAAAUCACUUUGCUUACUCUCUGAAAUGUAAACGUAGCUGUUCGCGUUUACUGAAUUAUGUAAAUGGUGAAAAUCGAGAUGACCUACUCAAAAGCCAUUACAAUUAUUUGCAAUUUGCUUAUUAUAAAUUAGGAAAUUUAGUAGCAGUAGCAAAAGCAGUUGAAAGCUAUUUAUUAUUUGAUCCAGUAGAUGAAACAAUGUUAAACAAUAAAAAAUAUUAUCUUGGAUUACCGAAAGUAAAAGAGGAAUAUUUUGUUCCACGAGAGGAAGCACUUGCUUAUAUGAAGAGACAAGAAUAUGAACGAAGAAUUUUGCGUUACAUUUCUGAAGAAUUUACAAUCCUAAGUGCAGAACUGAAACAUGCAUCAAAUAAAACGAAUAACGAAGAAAAUGAAGUUCAUUAAAUUUUCAUCAAAAUAACUUUUUAAGAUCCUAA